GUGAGGUCAAGGACACAAUUUAAAAACAAGAGUCAUUACAUUACGGUUCAACAGUAAAUGGGAAACGAUAAUUAAAUUUAUCGGGAUCAGUUACGUUCAACUGCUUCACCUUUAUUUCCAGUUAAAAUGUUGUAGAUGCAACAAGAAAUUCCAGUUGAAGAAAAACUCGGGCGACACAAUUGACUGAACAAAGAGACUUUCUAAAUUGUCAGUAUUCAAAAUGACUAUGUUAAGUGCAGAUGCUCAGAUCCGGUACUUGGUGCAGUGGUUUCGAGAAUGGAGCGAACUGCAGAGAUCCGACUUUUUGCCGAUUUUAGCGGAAAAAUACGCUAACAAGGCUUAUGUUAACGGAAUUUUGAACAGCAUGUCCAAUAUCGACUGCAGAGAUAAGCCAAUGUCUUUGUUCGAAUGCAGGGUUAAAUUAUUUAAAGAAUGGUUUGUUCAAUGGACAGCAGAACAAAAACACAAUUUUAUCAAUCAAAUAUCCGAGAUCGAUGCGAAGUUUGCCGAGAAACUCGAAGGAGAAAUCCAUAAUGGUGUAGAAAACAAUCACAAUAACCAUGAGAUAAAUGAAGAGGAAAUUUUAGAAGACUAAAGUAAUUAUUAAUAAUACAGUUGCAGCACUAUUAAUUUUCGAAUCUUAGUAAUAUUACGUGCACGUCCUCGUUUUAUAUUCCAUAAAAAUAAUAAAGGAACUUCAUGACAUAAAAUCUCAAUUCACGUAUUUAAUGUGAUAUUUUUCUAAAAUGUAUGAUUUUGAACGUUUACUAUUUUAUGUAGGUUAUUAUUAAUUAUGUAGAUUAGUUGAGAUUAAUAUACUUAUACAUGAUGAAUAUUUAUAUUUAGCAGAUAGGAGCUUGAUGGGAUAAAUU